AUGGCGCACGUUAAUUCUUCUCUCUCGGUGCAUUUUCUUUUGGGGGGUUUUAUCGUUUAUGGCUGGUGGGGAAGGCAUGGACUAGAGAAAGCUCUUCGCAGCGGGGGACGAUCAGGAGCUAGAUUUUUUCCCUCCUUCGGUGGUGAGCUCCAAAUUUUGCUGCUCUCAGAAAGCCAUCGGCCUGAUGUGGGGAAAAGAUUCACCGGUGAAGAAUUAUUUUCGAAGAAGGGGCUUAGCUAUAUUGCCAGUGUGAUUGGGAAGCCCCUCUAUAUGGAUUCGAUUACUGCUACUAGGGAAAGGCUUGAAUAUGCCCGUGUUUGUGUGGAGAUAUCUGCUAGGUCUCAGAUUCUGAAUUUUAUUGAUGUGGUUAUGUGUGAUGAGUCUAUAGUUAGGAUCAGAGUUUCUGUUACUUGGUUGCUAAAUUCCUAUACUAACUGUAGUCGUUUUGGGCAUUCUGAGAAAUUUUGCCCCCAGACUAGGAGAGUUGAACAGGUUUGGAGGGUUAAAACACCUAUGCAUGAAGUUAGCCCUGGAAAGAAUGAUGAGGCUCUGAAAUCUUUGGAAACUGUUAACAUUGCUGGUGGAACUGUGUCUGUUGGUGCAAGUCUCAGUGUAGCUUCAGAUUUAGGGGGACUUAGUUCUGGUAAAGAGCACUAUGAUGUUGUAUGUGAUAUUAUGGGCAACCAGACUGUUGUUGUUGAUAGUAACAUAGAUGCUUCAAAAAGCUUGUUUAAGGCUUCAGUGCCUGGAGAGUCUAGCCUUGGCAAAGUGCAAAAUGGUUCUGCAUAUGCUGCAGUGGCCCACUUGUUGAGUGCUUCUCUUGAUGGUUCUAGCAAGAAACAAAAUGAUGUUGUUUUGGGUGUGUCUAAAGUUGUGCAGGAAAUGAAGCUGAAGAAGAAAGAACAAGUUGAUAAGUUUAAAACAAAUGAGGAAAGGGAAACUAGAGUUAAGGUGACCAAUGCUGGGGAUAUCCUAUCUAGAAAGUUCGGUGACUGGAGAGUCUGUUGCAACUAUGACCAUGCUGAAAAUGGCUGGAUUUGGCUUAGAGAUAUGGAUAGUUUUGUGAGGAAUAAUGCAUGGCUUAUUGGGGGUGAUUUUAAUGUCAUUUUAAAUAUGGAGGAGAGCUCUAAUGCUGUUAACUCUGGUACUAUCUCUGAUAUGUCUGAUUUUCAAAGAUGUGUAGAGGAGUUGGGGAUUUUGGAUCAUCGGUUUAUGGGUCCUUUAUUCACUUGGUCGAACAAGCAGCAGGACACUUAUUUGGCUUAUAAGCUGGACCGAAUUCGUGGAAGUCCCCAGCUAGUGGCAAUCCAGCUCAGGUUUGUUAUUGAAGUUAAAAGGUUGAAAAUUUGCCUAAAGGAACUUAACAGGAGUCAUUUUCAUGACAUCUCGGGUCAAGUACAAAAGAAGAGAGAUGAUCUUUUACGCAUUCAACUUUCCAAUUUGAAUGCUGUUGUUGCUUACAGGUUUAUUGAAGAUGAAUUAAAGGUUGAAAGAGAAUUACAAGCUCUUGAACUAGCGGAGAUGCUUUUUUACAAGCAGAAGGCCAAUGCUGAUUGGAUUAAUGAGGGUGAUCAAGGUACCAAUUUCUUUCAUUCCAUGGUGACUAGAAAAAAGAUGAGCAAUACCAUUCGAGCUCUCUAUGAUCAAGAUGGGGUUAAGCUGGAUUCGUUUGAAUACAUGUCUAAUGAGGUCAUUCACUUCUUUAGAAGACAGUUAGGGUUGUUGAUCCUGAUGUUAAAUGCUGCAGCAUCAACGUCAUCAAGGACCUCCUCGGCUACUCCUUGCCUAGUGAGUGCCUGGCCUAUUGUUGAGAAGGAUUUUGUGACAAAUAUCAGGUACUUCUUUGAAAAUUCUUUUAUGCUUCCCUCUUUCAAUGAAAAUACUGUGAUUCUGGUCCCAAAAGUUCCUAAUCUGAGCAUGGGUAUAAGCAUUGUAGAUAAAACCCUGUUGGCCCAGGAACUUGUUAGGGGUUAUCCUAGGAAAAAUAUUUCACCUAGAUGCACUCUUAAAAUUAAUUUGCAAAAGGCAUUCAAUUCUUUAGAUUGGGAGUUUGUGAGGAUUUUUUUGCGUGCAUUGGGCCUCCCUGAGAAGUUUGUUGGCUGGAUAUGGGCUUUUAUUACGAGUCUUAUAUAUUUUAUUGUUCUUAAUGGUAGUUUAGUUGGUUACUGUAAGGGUGCUUGUGGUGUUAGGCAUGUUGACCCCCUUUCACCAUACUUAUUUGUCAUGGCCAUGAAUGUCUUGUCCAGUCUCUUGAAUGUGGUUGCUUCAAAAGAUGUGUUCAAGUUCCACCCAAAGUGUAAAAAAAUAGGGCUCACUCAUCUUUGCUUUGAGAAUGACAUGCUCAUUUUCUGCGAAGGCUCCAUAGAUUCUGUCAUUGGAGUGCAAAAUGUUUUGGAUUUUUUUUACUCUAUGUCUGGUCUUAAAUUGAAUGCUAGCAAGUGUGAAAUUUUUUCUGUUGGAGUUUCGACACAACAGUGUGUUGCAAUUCAGGAAUUUACUGGGUUUAAGCUGGGCAACUACUAG